AUGCUCAAUAACGAAGUGGUGUCCAGCGACGUCGAGUCGUACUCGUACACCCACUCGGUCUCGCCUCUGCCAAGCAUGGAAGAAAGCACUAGCAUCGGCGCCCUCGCCAAUAUUGACGAGAUCGUACCCAAGCAACACGUCAGCUUUCUCGACUCUGUCGUCCAGACGCUCGCGGCGGCGUCACGGUGCGUCGUCUACAAUACGGUCGCGGCCGAGCUCUGGAGCAAGAACAUGGACUUCAACUCGCAUGCUUGGUAUGAGCCGCACAGGGCUGUCCAUGUGCGGCAGGUCAAUGGCAUCCUCAGGUUCGCCGAGGAUAUAGAUGUGGAUGGCGAUGGGCCCGUUGCAGCCCCCAUGUUCACAACGGCGCAGAGCCAGCGGGACAACACCGCCGAGUGGACGCUUCCCACUCCCCCGCCGCCGUCACUUUUCAAAAGCUCCGGCUCAGCAACGUCGCGGUGGCGCAAACGGCUGAUGGCGGCAGCGUGA